AUGUCUGAAAUCAUCUCUAAGGACGGAUAUAGAAACCACACAUCUGUGGCCAUGUUUGUUCUCUUGGGACUCACAAAUGAAAAAGAUCUGCAACUUAUUCUCUUUCCUGUCUUCCUAGUGAUCUACCUGGUGACCCUAAUUUCAAACCUGGGUCUGAUCAUCCUAAUUAGAAUGGACUCCCACCUGCACACACCUAUGUACUUUUUUCUCAGUUGCCUAUCGUUCAUAGACAUCUGCUAUACUACUUCCAUUAGCCCAAGGAUGCUUUCAGAUUUCUUUAAGGAUAGAAAAACGAUUUCCUUUCUUUCAUGUGCUACUCAGUAUUUUGUGAUUGCUUGGAUGGGUAUGUCUGAGUGCUGCCUCUUAGCCACCAUGGCUUAUGACAGAUACGUUGCUAUUGGUAAACCUCUGCAGUACUCGGCCAUUAUGAACCCUAAACUCUGUUGCAAAAUGGUCACUGCAGCCAUUGCCAGUGGUUUUAUUAGUAGUUUAGUUGAAACAGCACCUUGUGUUAAUCUUUAUUUCUGUGGUCCAAACAUCAUUCGACAUUUCUUCUGUGACUUACCCCAGAUUGUUUCUUUGUCUUGCUCCGAUACCUUUCUUUGCCAAAUCAUUAUUUUUCUUGUAGCACUGUUUGUUGGAGUUGGUCCUAUGCUCUUUAUCCUUUUAUCCUAUGGUUUUAUUGUCGCUUCCAUACUGAAAAUAUCCUCUGCAAAAGGCAGUCUCAAAGCCUUUAAUACCUGUGCCUCCCAUGUGGUAGUUGUGGUCCUCUUCUACGGCACUGUCCUGGCUGUGUACAUGCGUCCUACUGCUAACUACUCCAAGAAACAGGACAAGGUUCUGUCAGUGUUCUAUGUUACUGUUAUUCCUAUGUUAAAUCCUCUUAUCUAUAGUUUGAGAAACAAGGAUAUCAAAGAGGCUCUUAAAAGAGUGAUGAAGAGGGCUCCCCACUUGCUGCAAAAAAGGAAUUUGUAUGAGCUCAGUCAUUGGUUGUCGCCUUUUUUCUCCUUCUAUAAUAUUAGCUUCCUCUUAGGUACUCUUCUGUGA